AUGAUUAUCAAGAAACGAAGUGGCACAGCUGAAAGCAUCAAUUCUAAACGUCCAAAGCUCGAAGAAAAUACUAAACAUGAAGACCAGACUUUGGAUUUAACAUCAGAGAAGACAAGUGCUAUCAACGGUGAGGAAACAUCACCGGAGGGUUCAACUGCAGCCAAGAUUCAACCAGAUAUUGAAAAUGCAGGUAUAACGCAUUUUGUAUUUGACGGAAGGCAGUAUCAGUUCAAGGAAAGAGCCAGUGUGAUAGAGGAAAAAGAGGGCAAAAUAGAGUUCAGGGUGGUGAACAACGACAAUACCAAAGAAAACAUGAUGGUUUUGACAGGCUUAAAGAACAUUUUUCAAAAACAGCUGCCCAAAAUGCCUAAAGAAUACAUUGCUAGGCUUGUAUAUGACAGAAGUCAUUUGUCAAUGGCGGUGGUGCGCAAACCCCUCACAGUUGUUGGGGGCAUCACGUAUAGGCCUUUUGACAACCGCGAAUUUGCAGAAAUUGUCUUUUGCGCUAUAAGUUCAACAGAACAAGUACGUGGUUAUGGUGCGCAUUUGAUGAAUCAUUUAAAAGAUUACGUGCGAACCACGUCUAAGAUCAAAUAUUUUCUAACAUACGCAGACAACUAUGCCAUUGGAUACUUCAAGAAGCAGGGAUUCACCAAGGAGGUCACUCUGGAAAAAAGCAUUUGGAUGGGAUAUAUCAAAGAUUAUGAAGGUGGUACGCUUAUGCAAUGCACAACGCUCCCGCGUAUACGAUAUCUGGACGCCGCUAAAAUUCUUCUACUCCAGGAAGCGGCUAUACAAAAGAAGAUACGGCUUGUCUCCAAAAGUAAUGUGGUUCAUCCUGGCUUGAAACAUUUCAAGGAUUUGAGCAACAUAAAGCCCAUGGAUCCCAUGGAAAUACCUGGCCUUAAAGAGGCUGGAUGGACCCCAGAAAUGGAUGAGUUAGCACAGCGACCAAAGAGAGCUCCACAUCAUGCUGCUAUGCAGAACGUACUGACGGAGGUGCAAAAUCAUGCGGCGGCUUGGCCCUUCUUACAGCCCGUUAAUAGAGAAGAAGUCGCGGAUUAUUAUGAGUUUAUUAAGGAGCCAAUGGACUUGAGCACAAUGGAGAUAAAGCUGGAAAACAACAGAUACGAGAAAAUGGAGAGCUUUGUUUAUGACGCACGACUUGUAUUUAAUAAUUGUCGAGCCUACAACGGAGAAAACACAUCGUAUUUCAAGUACGCCAAUAGACUCGAGAAGUUUUUCAAUUCCAAAAUAAAGGAACUCCCUGAGUAUGCGCAUUUGGUAGAUUAG